AUGCACGGGCUCCAGGGGCUUCUUUUCGUGAUGAUUCUGGUGCUGGGGACCGGCGUCGAAGGCUACGGAAACCUGCCGAUGGGCAAGCGGCAGGUGGACAUGCGAUCGUUCAGUCUUUACGAUCUUCCCGACGACUAUCAUCUGGCGCCGAAUGAGGACGGUAAGAGCGUCGGCCACGCGAUCCUUUUUCUAACCGUCUUAAUAUUACAGUCCAACGUCAUCAACACUUGGUCAACCCGAAGCCCGGAUACAUCACCGCCUUCUACCCGAUCUACGACUUUGGCAGACGACGUUAA